AUGUCUGUAGCGGCAAGAAAGAAGGUGUUGCUCAUGGGAAAGUCGGGAAGUGGUAAAACUUCUAUGCGAUCGGUCAUCUUCUCCAAUUACAGCGCAAAGGAUACAAAACGUUUAGGAGCGACAAUAGAUGUGGAACAGUCAGCAGUGAGAUUUCUUGGGUCUUUGGUCCUCAACCUGUGGGAUUGUGGAGGUCAAAACGCCUUCGUCGACAAUUACCUCGCCGCUCAGAAAGAUACAAUCUUUUCCAAUGUCGCAGUUCUCAUCUAUGUAUUCGACAUCACCUCCACUGAAUGGGAAACGGAUAUGAGAUAUUUCGAAGGUAUCAUUUCUGCCCUUAGAGAAUAUUCACCCGACGCGGGGGUAUGGGUGUUGAUUAAUAAAAUGGAUUUGGCGGAUAAGGAAGAUCCAAAGAGAAAGAAAUAUGAUGAGAGACGUGGUGAUGUUGUGAGUGUGGAUGAGAGGGUGAAAGGUAAAGCUAGAGGGAUGUUGAGGUGUUUUCCUACUAGUAUAUGGGAUGAGUCAUUAUAUAAAGCCUGGUCAUCCGUCAUUCAUACACUUAUCCCCAAUAUAGGCCUCAUCACCUCACAUCUCACCUUCAUGCGUGAUCUUUGUCUCGCUGCCGAGGCGGUGAUGUUCGAAGCUGAGACUUUUUUGGUCAUUGCUAAGUCCGGAUCUCCAUUGGACUCUGAUCCUUCACAAAUGGAUGAUAAUGAAGUGAAGAGCGGGGCAAAAGCUUUGGAUCCUCAAAGGUUCGAGAAGAUUUCAGAGAUUAUCAAAGGGUUUAGAAAAACGUGCCAACGGAUAGGAGAAACCUUCUCAUCAUUUGAGAGUAAAUUCGAUGACUGCACAGUCGUACUCGAACCCUUGACCAGGAAUACUUUCAUCCUCAUCGUUUCUGUCGACCCUCGCAUAGAAUCCGCCAUGCUUACUUAUAACAUCUACCAUGCUCAAGUCCACUUUGCAGAUUUCUCCAAUCGUGAUGGUGUCAAACGAAAGUGUUCCUUAUGUAGAGCCAAUACAGAAGCUCCAUACGAAGUCGAAGGGGAUGAGGAUCCAAAUGUGAGAGCGUGGGAUGAUGUGGGGAUGUAA